AUGGCUCCCCGACGGCCGAGCACGGCUGGCGACAUUGACUCACGCAUGCCAUUCGCAUCGGCUGAGAUGUUGCUGUGGGGCCCAGAAAUGAAACAGCAACAUGCUCACCUGCUCACGGAGAUGCGCAAACUCCAGAGACAUCACGAAGCUUACGAUGUCCGGAUCAAAACUACUGAACAUGUUGCGGGGGCCGCAGAGGCUGCUACAUCCAGAAUCCGUCAUCUAGAGCAGCGACUUGCGGCAAUCGAAGCCGAAGAUGACGACAAAGCAUUCGAAAAGUGGGCAAUGGGCGAGAUGGCACGGCUGGGUAACUUCAUUGACACAAACAAGCACGUCAGGCAGAAGCAGAUCGAGCUGGACAAUGUUAUGUCCCAUGCCGUGGAGGAUCUAGAUAGGCUUAGACAAGUCCCUAGGGAUCUUCAAAACGUUCUUCUGCGUCUUGACGUUCUCGAGGCUGGUCGAACUGAAGACGUCCGUCGGAUCAGGAGCUUGGAAAAAGAACUCACUCAUCUCAAAGUUAUCCAACAGGACCACACUACCAAGACCGCUGGUUCCCAGACAGUUUUCAGGAUCCAGCAAGCCAUCAUGAGAACUAUGACACCACCUCCCCCAACAAAGUCAGCCCGGCAGAGACUGAUGCAGAGGCCAUCGAUUCACGACUCCAUGUUACUGCGCAAUUCGGAAGAACAAGAACAACUCCGAACACCUUAUGCAUUGCCUGACAAACCAGGAUAUGACAUUCUCUCUGCAACACAGCUCCUGCCACACAUCCAACAGGCUCGAAGUCCGGCUCCGAUCCCAACGCGCGAGGCUCCCUCGCAUGCCAGAGUCUCUCCGCCUCCAACACAACCACUCCGCAACAACCGCACAUCUCCAGUCCUAGCCUCAGUCCCAGCCUCAGUUCUAGCCUCAACAUGUAAGGCCCGCCCACGUGCCAGAGUUGCUCCGCCAUCAACACAGUUGGUCAGUAAAGCUGGUUCGAGAAAGCGGAAACUACCUGAGAGAGAGCCCCAAACUCAACGCGUGACACGUGCCCAAGCUAAGAAAAGUCAAGCACAGGAGGCUGAUGAGCAAAAGCCGCUAGGGGCAGGUAGUUCUACACCUUUUCCAUCUGUGCAACCAGCCGAGCCCGCUUUAUCGUCGCGCAAGAAGCGAAAAACUGCCCAUGCGCAAGAACCAGAUCAGAUCAAAGCCGAACCCAGCACUACAACCCGGGCCGCCCAUAGGACACCGGCAAUCUCAGAGCGAAGCGCUGCCGCAGAUCGAGGCAAGAACACGGCUAUGGAACCUACCCAGCGGGUCACAAGAAGCCCGGCAAAAUCGAACGUGCCAAAGGUUAUUACAUCGCCUGUAAAGAAAAAGGAUCCUUUCCCAGUUCGAUCAAAUGCUGCAAAUCCACAGAAACAGAGGUCGUUGAUUGUCGUUCUUCGGAGCCCGCAGAAAGCAGCAAGAACUAGACGUAGUGAGAGCGAUGAUACGGAAAGCACCCCUGCAGACAGAGUUAAGAUGUCACCUCGCAAAGCGGCA